AUGGCGAUGUUGUUCGACGGUCUCCCCCAGCAACUAGACUUUUCUAGUUGUGAAAAGGAGAGCAGCGAUAGCAGCAGCAGCAGUGAAAACAACUCUGAAGACUGCACAUCCAGGAUGCGAAGUCCCAGUAGCCCAGCGUGCCGGACCCCCAGGGUUCAGCGCCACCACAGUCGAAACAGCAGUUUAUCCUCACCUUUACGCACCAGCCCCAUACCUUACGCCUCUUGGAAGAAACUGACGCUUUGUGAUUCUCCUAGCACACCCAAGAGUUUGUUGUCCAAGUCAUCACAGCCUCACUCUACCAAAAGAAUAAAUAGACAGCCGAGGACCCUGCGUUCCUACUCUGCUGCUGCGAACCUUAUCCAGGCACCUUCGGUCAAUGUGAACCCAUUCACCCCCACCUCGGAACGCAGGUUCAGUGAGCAGCAGCAAUGGAAAAGCAGCCAUAGAAGUGUUACUGACGCUCAUUAUGGCCGCAGGCUGAAACACAGUCUGACAUCAUCAGAGGAGGAUGAUGAAGCCUUCUUGCCACCAAAGAGACAAGCUGUCCAAGCCCUCAUGCUGUCGCGCUACGAGAGCGAGUUCUUGGAGCUGGAGCGCAUUGGCGUGGGUGAAUUUGGGACCGUUUACAAGUGUGUGAAGAGGCUGGAUGGUUGCCUGUAUGCCAUCAAACGAUCCCGACGACCCCUCGCAGGCUCUGCCAAUGAGCAGCUGGCUCUGAAAGAAGUGUAUGCACACGCAGUCCUUGGCCACCAUCCCCAUGUGGUUCGCUAUUAUUCCGCGUGGGCUGAAGAAGACCACAUGAUUAUUCAAAAUGAAUACUGUAACGGAGGAAGUCUCAGUGAUGUCAUCAGGGCAAAGGAGUUACAGGGGGAGAUGUUUUCUGAGACGGAGUUGAACGAUUUGCUUUUGCAAGUGUCCAUGGGUCUGAAGUACAUCCACAGUUUAGGACUUGUGCAUCUGGACAUCAAGCCCAGUAAUAUAUUCAUUUGCCAGCGUUCUGCUUCAAGCACUGUGGGUGAAGGGGACAGUGAGGAAGAGAAUGAAGGGAGCCACCAAGCAGGAGUUGUAUACAAAAUUGGGGAUCUGGGUCAUGUGACAUCAAUCAGUAAUCCUCAAGUUGAGGAAGGGGACAGCCGUUUCUUGGCCAAGGAGGUUCUACAUGAGGACUACACCCAUCUUCCCAUGGCAGACAUAUUUGCUUUGGGUCUUACUGUGCUGUUGGCAGCAGGGGCGCCCCCAAUGCCCCAAAAUGGAGAAGAGUGGCAUCGUCUCCGAGAAGGCUACCUUCCUAUGCUUCCACGGGACCUCUUCCCUCCUUUCAGAGAGCUUCUUCAGUUAUUGUUGGAUCCAAACCCAAGCAAACGGCCGUCUGCAAGGGAGCUCUGCAAGCACAGCAUCUUACGAGAGGAGAGGACCGGAAGACUUGCAGCUCAGUUGCGUCGAGAAUUGAAUGUAGAAAAGUUCAGGACCGCCAUGCUUGAAAAGGAACUUCAGGAGGCACGCCAGGCUGCUCUGUCCCCUAAGCACAGCCCUCUGCCUGGCUGUAAACUUUCUGAAAAGACAGGGUCACUGCCAAGAUCUGGGAGAAGGCUCGUAGGUCGGAAGACUGCUCGGUCCAUGAGCUUUGGUUGUCCUGGGUACGGAGUGUGA